AUGCGCAGGGUCAUGUUCAGUGGAUGCAUCCUCAGGACGGACAACAAUCUCAGCAUUCCGUGGGAGGCAGACUACGUUUGGCAUUCCCCGCCCACUUUCGACAUGCACACGGCCAUUGCUGGUUCGCAAGGACUGUGCUGCGAUGCGGAAAAGGAGAAGUUGGAGCAGGCGCUAGCAAAGUUGCAAAAGAAUGUGGAGGAGCAGAACGAGAACUGCCUCCUUGGCCAGAUGGCAAUGUCCCUGCUUCAGGAGCAGGUUGAAGACCUGCAGUCCGCCAUCGAGAUCCUGCAGGAGGAAGCCCACGGCCUGCGGCAAGACUUCAAGCUGGGGCUCGCCAACAACAAAGAGCGGGAGCAGGAAAAUCGGAAGCUGAACGAGCAGCUGGGGGAGCUCAGAACCCAGCUCUUAGAGCUGCAGGACAAGUCGGACGGCCUGGGGGCUGAUGGGCCUGUCGUAAAGAUCGUAAACCAUGCAGGGUCACAGACUGACGCUGCUUGCGAGACGUGGCCCUCCCCCAGCGCAGACUCACAAAGUAGCGACGCAACAUGUGCGUCGGAUGAUGCCUUUUCCGGUGGAGAGCCAGAUCUGGAUUCGACUUGUGCGUCGGAGCGCGACCUGGUGGAAGACGCAAAGGCCCCCGCGGCUUUGGCAGCGGCAGCAGGCUCCAGUCUGGAGGACAAGCCCAAGGCCGAGAUGUCCAUGCGAACUGGGUUCAAGAUGCCGGCCGCGAAGGAGGAGCGUCCGCAGAGGAUCAUGGACGAGAAGCGAGCAUUGGGUGUGGACAACUCCGUGGCCUCAGAGAGCUCUGCAGCUGCUUCUCAGGCAUCAGCCUCGCCGCCCAAGGCCCUGCCAGCGGUCAGAGUCACUGCUGCUGCGCCCGUUCGGAGCUCCGAGGAUCUGCGCAGGGCGGCGAAGGCUCUCCACAAGGACAAAGAAGCGUCGCUGUCGGACAAGGACAAAAAAGCCUUGCUGGAGCGUGCCGAUGAGUUGCUCCUCUCCAUCUUCGCCUCGCAGCUUGGAGAGCCCUGGCCAGAGCAGGACGGCGAGUGCAACGAGCCGGAAAUGGCAUUCGGCACCGCCUUCUGCAGCGUGCUGUUCCGGCGGAAGUCCCUGCACGAGGCGGAUGCAGCAGUGGCAGCGGUGCCGCCAAAGCAGCCUGAGGAGUGCUCCGAGGCCGCCAACUCUGACUUUGAGAAUUCGCAGCUGAGUCAGCGCCACCUCCAAAGCGAGGAAGGCGAAGAAGAGCGAGACGAGGAAGACGGAGAAGGCGGCGAGGAGGGGGAGGCUGAAAUGGCUGAGAUGGCUGAGUUUCUCAGAGCUCUUUUCGGCGAGGAUCAGCUGGCUGAAUGA